UCAGUUUAUUUACAUCGCGAGACGAAGCCCGCGGAACGAAGACCGAAUAAUUGUUGAAGACAGAGAUGAUUAAUGAAUAUAGCUGACGCCUGCUCUUUGGGGAUUUCAGUUUGGUGUCUGUGCGUUUUAUGUACAUGAUCUCCCCUAACUCUUAAAUAAAUUCACCUGGACGAGACCCUGGACAAACAGACCAAUGUCUCAGCCACUGGUCCCGCUCCAACAAAAGGCAGAGCCCUUGCUGGAUGUCCAGGAGAUGCAGCUCUGGCUGGAGAAAGCGGUGGCUUGGGGCCAGGCUGACAGUCCGGAUGCUCGGAAAGACACCUGCCUACACUUGAGCAGACUGAGGGAUUUCCUCCAGCAACUUCUGACACACAUCCACAAUACGAGCUCCACAACAGAGACCAUGAAGCGGCUACCUGUCAUAGGCCAGUUUCUAGGCCGGCUUUGCUGGAACCAUUAUGUCACAGCUGAUGCUACAAGCAGAAGGCUGCUAUUCCAGUGUCUGUGGGGACUGUACUCAGAGCAUCCAAGCAAUGCUGUGGAAGGAAAGGCCAACCAGUGGAUACGGAAAGUGUUGUGUCAGCUCACCACAGAAGAAGAUGAUACUGCAACGCAGACAUUAGUGAAACAUAUGGGUGUACCAACAACACAGUACCAUCUCAAAGUCCUCAGAAAGAUGGUGGCACUAGUGCAAGAAAACAUUGGAAAAGGCUGCAGUUUGCUGGGCGACAUAAGUCAGAGGUGUUCAUGUGACAGUAUUCUGGCUGCAUCAGAGGCAUGUGUCCCCCUGGUUACGUGUGCUGAGGCUGCUCCUCUUAUUGGUGCUUUACUUCAGCGGCCAUUGAUUUGUGCAAGGGCAGCUCUUAGCGAAGACUUCUUGGAUGCGCUGAGCUCCGCCUAUUCCAGCAAUUGCUUGUUGUUGGAGGAGCAGGCUGUUGUCUCUAUGUGGUAUCACAGCCUGUCCAGCCUAGAAGAAGCAGUGCUCAGUCUGCUGGAGUCUGUUCUCGCCAACACAGGGUCAACACUGCACAGGUUGGAGCAGCAACUGGCACAGUCACUGCUGCCUAAAGCCUGCGCUCAGCACUGCUCGAUAUUCUUGGUUGUAAAUGACAUCUUCAGGUCCAUCCUUAAGCAACUGGAAGGAAAUGAGUGUGUUAAGUCUGUCAUCCACACUUUUACCAACCGUUUCGUCAGGGAACUGUCACUGUUGCAACCUAAGAUGAGUAUAUCUUUGAAGGCCUUCUUCCCACUGUCACCUCAGAAUCUGCUGGGUCCUCUCUUGACCCAACCUUCAGAGAUGCCUCAGGAGUCUUGGAGACAUCACCUGAACUGGCUCAGUGGCUCAUUACAGAGACUGACAGAGGAGGAGGAGGAAGACGAAGACGGCAGCAGCACCAGGGGUCACCACAAAGUGUUUGAGGCCUGGUUCCUGCUGGUUCAGUGUGCCCACUGGAUGCAGGCGACGGCCCAGCUGCUGGUGACUGCAAGGCCAGAGGACUGUGACCCCCUGCUGAGGCUGCUGACCUUCUACCACCAUCCCACCAACAGGGGGCACCACAGGGCUCAACAGCUGGUACGUGCCAAAGAUGCAUGGGACCACCUCUGCCCCCUUUUCUCAGUAUUAGCUUGUCCUCCUCCCAUUGACCACCUACAGUCACUGGUCGCCCUUCUGUCACCAAACCCUCAGCAGCCAUCACUAGCUCCAUUAUCAGUCCUUGACCUCUUGGUCAACUUUGCUGUUUUCUCCCAAAAAUCGCUGAGUGGAUCAACAGAGAUUUUGCAGACGGUGGUGGAUCGGACUGGUCUGGUCAGUGAAGCAGUGUGUGUUCUCGGCUCACUGGAGCUCAGACUGAACGGAGGAAGCUGCUUAUCAAGCGACUCUAACAGAGUUCAUCUCAGGAUCAAGGCGCUUCAAAACACACUUACACAUAUGUAUGCAGCACAGAGCCCUGCUGAGAAACAAGCACACACUCACCCACUCUAAAGCAGGUGAGACCGCAUACCCACGCACACAUGCGCAUAACCUCGCAGCAGUGAGUUCAUCCUCAGCUCAGCGUUUUUUUGAUUUUUUUUGUUGUUUAGCACAUGUUUUCAGAAUGACAAAUUGCCCCGCUUUUGUGUAGAUAUGCUGCUGUACAAUGACAGGAGCGUGUCAAAACAGCACAGCGAGGACAGAUUAUAUGGAGAGGCUACAAUUAUACGCACGCACACACACACACACACACGACACAACUACAAGGCCCACAAGGACACUUCAGCAGUGACAGAUCACACUGCAAAGAAGCAGCAGCUCGCACAUCGUGUCAAAGUCCUCCCACUCAUAUAAUUGUCUCACAGUGCAAAUCCUUCACGCUACACAUGCUGACUGGAAGACAUUUAGGUUUGGAGGAAAAGAAAACCAAAUGCAAAUUGUAUAAUUAUAAUCUGUGAAAAAAUCUGUUUAUAUGAAAAAGAUUCCAACAAUACUGAAUAUAUGACAGUCUGCACAAUGAAAUGUAAUGUCAUGUAAUGUUCAUUUGAAUGUAAAUGUUCUGUUCUUUCAUUAUUUAUAAAGGUGAAGAAUGACUCUCUUUAUGUUUGAUCCAUCAUUUUUAGCACAGACAUUAAUAAUUACCACGGCCAUAUGAAUGUUCGCUGCUUCUAUCAGACUUUGCAAUGAUGUGCUAUGACACGUCAUGACUAUUUUUGAUGUCAAAGCAACAUUUUACAUCAUUUAGG